AUGAAGGAGGAACGAGCAUCGCGAAUCCUGCGUACGGGACAUCUAAAAGUUGGUUGUAUGCCCUGCAAAGUCCGAAAGAAGACGAUGAUCACGCGGUGUUUUCGCUGCCAAGGCUCUGGCCACGUAGCAUCAAGUUGUAAAGAUCCUGAUAGGACCAAGGCUUGCCGGACGUGCGGUGCGGAGGGCCACAAGUCUGUGGAGGGUGUGAGCACACCGCAGUACUUCCUCUGUCCUGCUUGUACAGAGAAACCCCGGACAGACCAUCGGUCGGGGUCAAUACGGUGUAUGUCUUUUAGGGAGGCCGCCCUCUCAUGGAAGCCUCCAAAAGGACAAAAGUGA